CGCUACGGGAGCCGGUAUUGACCCAGGGUUCUGUUCUUGCACAGCUCGUUGCUUUACGGCCGCGUUUUACUAAAUGUUAUUGCUAUUGGAAGCAAUUUUCUGUGGUUCUGACCCUGAAACGAUGCGGAGCUGUGAGCUAUAGGGGGAAGACACACGGAGCUACUUAGUAGCAGCUACUGGAACAGACAGCGCUGAUCAUUUACUCAUUCAUUCUCAGUAGUGUGUAUGGCGAACCAUUUCCGCCAUGUCCUCCCUGUCCAGCUACGCCCUGCGCAUGUCUCGCCUGAGCGCCAGGAUAUUCGGAGAGGUGGUGAGGCCGACGGACCAGCGGUCGAUGAAGGUGGUGAAGAUGUUUAGUGAGGAGCCCCUGGCAAAGAGGAAAGAGGUGUUCGACUGGUACCCCCCACACAAUACGUACGUCUCCUUGAUGAGAAACCUGCGAUACCUCGGCCUGUACAGGGACGAACACGAGGAUUUCAAAGAGGAAAUGAGACGUCUGAGAAAGCUUCGGGGUAAAGGCACCCCCAAAAAGGGUGAAGGGAAGAGGGCGAUGAAGAAGAAAUGAAAUAGAUUAACCCUCUGGGGGCGCUCGGGGUGACCCCCCCCCCCCCCCCAAUCCACAGACUGUUUCAUGUUGUUUCUAUGGACAUUCCCGGAGAGAAGAAACGGAUGCCCCUCCAGUUGUUGUUAAACUAACACUCCCACGCGCGGCCUUAGGCCUCAGGGAGUUGUAGCUCAGCAGCAUCUGGAAAGGCUGCCACUUUGCUCUGAAGACUGAACGUAUAAACGUUGGAAUCCGAGAUUAAAGCUUAUUAUUUCAUACAGUAAA